AUGACAGAACCAGUUCUAGAUAUUUUCUCUCUUCCCUACACUCUAUUCCAAACCAUCAACGCAACUCAAGGUAAAAUUGCAGACGCUAAUGAAAACAUUGCUUCCCUCAGUAAUUCUGCCUUCUAUGUCAUUGUGUUGACUGUGUUACUGGCAGUACUCAUUGGUUAUUACAUCAAAUUGCGAGAGGAAAUGAAACGAAAGCAAACGGUUCUCUUCUUUUUGACUGGCUUACUGGUGGUUGUUGAACUUGCUGCUUUGUUUUUCCGUAUUGUGUACAAUGGUACUUCAGUCUAUAUGAAUGGCACGAAUUGGAUUGCCUUUCCCAAUUUGCUGGAUUAUAGAAUUGUGUUGUGGGUCUUUGCUGUAUUUGAGAACUCCUUGUCUUUUGGUGCCAUUGUGACCAUUACUAUCAUUAUUGGUUUUCUUCAAGACUUGUUCUUGACCACAGCUGCAGCUGCUGGAGCCAUGUCCAAGAAGGCCUAUAUAAUCAUCAGAUGGUCGCUCUUUGCCUUUAACAUGAUCACUGGUGGAAUUUUAGGUAUCAUCAUUCUUCUCAACGCCAUUUUGAACUUGUUAGUGAAAAUGACACUUCUCAACAGAACCCUAGCUGUUCCUUUCCAAAUUGUACUUUUAUGUAUCUUCUUUAUUGUCAACGUUGCAAAUUUAGUUGUUUUCACUGUGCCAUUGUGGAAUGAAAAGAGUGAUCAGGAAGCUCAAUACCACGUGAGAAAUAGAAGUAAUUCAGUAUCAUCCUCAUCAACUACAUCAUCUUAUUAUCAUGACAAGAAGGAACAAAAUGCCACCGUUUCUACUCAAUCAAUGAAUCAAGAAAUGCAUGAUGAAGCUACUAAGGUUUAA